ACGGAUACCAACAGAUCUACGAUGAUCAGACGUGGACAAGUACUGCUCCUCGCCGCGCAACCUAUACUACUGGCGGUGCAAACAUCGCUGCAAACCAUCCCCUAUCGGUUCGCGACGUGAGAAUGGUGCGACUGCGUUUCCAACCCUGAUUCAAGAGAGCGACGCACCGCGUUAAUUCGACAAAUAUUGGUGAAGAACCUGCCUUUGUUCUCCCGCUACCCACCCACACCUACGGGUGAUCACUUGACUGAUCAACUUGUCCGAUGUGCGCCCUGUCGGCUGCCCCAGAGACACAAAGCGAUAAUGCGACGCCCGUCCACACCCCUACCGGCAACAACAGCAGCAGCAGGAUGGAUUCGGUCCAGUCCCAGAGGCUUGUGCUGACAGCCCCGUCGUCGGGCCAUGGGCGACUAAGGCAGACCCAAUCGCCUGUCAGACUUUCUUUUUCCGUUCUUAGCGGUCCAUUCUGGCGGGAGGGGCUACCCCCCCAGUUCCACCGGGCUCAUGGGUUCUUCUUGGGAGCUUGCCGGUACCCACAGUUCUCGUGUACCCGGUACAAACAGAUACUUCGUACCGACUUCAUGGGUCGGGCAGAGACAGCCCCGCCCCCCUUUGUCUUGCGCAGCUCUCGACGCACCUUAGAUCAAGUAGCGUUGAUGAAUCGCGCCCGUCAGAUCUUUCUAUCCGCUGCCUCCAGCACUCCGGUUUCGAAUCACUCCAUGACAGGCUGCACUGGCUUGAGGGACGGUUCCGACGAUGUACCGUCAGGGGAUCCUGAGGACUGGCGAGCGAGCGAGCGAGUGGACGAGAUUGGGGUUCACUUGGUCCUACCCCUAGUCACGCUAAGGCAAAGGGAACCGGGGGCUUGCGCAAGGACCGGGGGCUGCCGACCAUGCAACGCCGCGCCGCCCGCUCCCUAAAGGAUACUCCCGUUUCUGCCGUUUUGUUGUACAUAUCCCGCAUAUCCAUCACCUUCGCCAAUACGGAUGGCCCUACGGCAAUCUAUCUCACCGCG